GCUGGGUGCUCCUCCAUCAGUCUCCCAAGUUUGUGGCACUGUUCGGAGCAGCCCGGCACUGUCUGCUGCAUGACAUGAUCUGACUCAGUGAACUGUGACAGCUGCGGCUGUGCCGUUUGGUGGGUGGAACCGGCAGGCGCAGACUCUUCUCUUUUUGUUUAUCUUUUCACGCAGCAGUGUCAAGAGGGCCUCAUGUCUCCCGCUGCACUUGGUGCGCUCUCCAGCAGGACACCCGGCACCUGCGGAGUGCAUUCAGCGGAGGCCUGCCACCUGGGUCAGGUGUGCUGUGUCCCGUAGCUCUCUGGAGGCUCAAUAUGACCCUGUCUUAUGCUGUGUCUACACUUCUGGUGGCAGGUGUGUCCUGGGGUGACUGAGAGGGUCCGUGUAGUGGGGGCAGGGUAGGAAGAAGUAAGCGAGGGGAGGAGCCUGCUACGGGAGAAAAGUCACCGAUUUCCCUUACCCAGCCUGGGUCUCCCAUCAGGUCCUUGCCUGGCUUGCUCAUGUGUAUGCACACUGCUUAAGAGGAAGUGUGAGAGGAAGGAAGCCAUAUAAAAGGGUACAGGCCUGGGAGUUUUGAAGAGACUAGCCAUAACGCUUUUUUCACCCACAUGCUCCCUAGGCGCCUCCGGAUGGGGGUGUGUUUUCAGUUUGUUACAAACUAAUUUCUCUCUGCUACGCAGCACUUAACUGGCAAAGGAAGUUCUGGAACGUUCUCCACAGUCCUGGUCCCCAAAUUUGGGAGACCACCUUUGGCCACUGGGACUGUCCAUCGAGGCCAGCCACUGUGUGAAGUGCCUCAAAGGCUAGUCAUCAAGCCCCAGCCAACUUUCCAAAGGGAAAUCCCUGUCCUGUGCUGUGUCCCCCUCGGAGCUAUACUUGCUAGGCCCCAGCAGCCCAGAGCCAUCCCGCAUGUGGGCAGCCAGAACAAGGCCAGGGGGUGAGUCCCUGCAAACUAGGUCCCCCAGCGCCCCCUACAGCUGCUGUGGGAUUGGAGAUGGGGAUCGGGUCUGGGAGAGGGAGCUGAGGCUGUGAGCACCACACCCAGACCCCACCCAGAUCACAGGAGCACCCAGGCCCCAGGCCACAGAUACGGGGCGGGGGCCAGAGCCAGAGGCAUCCCUGGCCACCAAGAUUGCUCUGCCUGUGGCCACCAAUUCCCCUCCUCCCUUGGCGUCCCUCUCUCCCCGCCCCUGUCGUCUGCCAGCACCAGACACGCUGCUGCACUUCAUCUCUUGGGGCGCUCUUCGCCUUGGCCAACAGUCGCAUCCUGUGCAACUCGGGUCAGUGGCCGUUUGGUGUUGAAUGUUCCCCAACAAGAGUGCAUGGCCGCGGAAGCCAGGCGCAGACCGGGGCCCCGAGGGGUCGCCCUCCGGGAAGCGGUGAUGCUGUUGUUGUACCUGGGGGUGCCGGCCGGGCACCCCUACAACCUGGACGCGGAGAGUGCUCUGCUGUACCAGGGGCCCUCCGGCACGUUGUUCGGCUACUCCGUAUUGCUGCACAGCCACGGGGCAAAGCGCUGGCUCCUCGUGGGCGCUCCCACUGCCAGCUGGCUCUCCAAUGCCUCAGUGGUCAAUCCCGGGGCGAUUUACAGAUGCAGGAUCGGAGAGAAUCCAGGCCAGACCUGCGAACAGCUCCAGCUGGGUAGCCCCGGCGGAGAGCGGUGUGGAAGAACCUGCGUGGAAGAGAGAGAUAACCAGUGGCUGGGGGUGACGCUUUCCAGACAGCCAGGUGAAAACGGAUCUGUCCUGGCCUGUGGGCAUAGGUGGAAAAAUAUAUUUUACAUGAAGAACGAAAAUAAGCUCCCCAGUGGCGUUUGCUAUGCUGUGCCUUCUGACUUGCGGACAGAACUGAGUAAGAGGAUGGUUCCCUGUUACCAAGAUUUUAUGAAAAAUUUUGGAGAAAAGUUUGCAUCGUGUCAAGCUGGAAUAUCUAGUUUUUACACACAGGAUUUAAUCGUGAUGGGGGCCCCGGGAUCAUUUUACUGGACUGGCUCUGUCAUUGUCUACAGUAUAACUGCAAACAAUUACAAGGCAUUCGUAGACAGACAGAAUCAAGUCAAAUUUGGAAGUUACUUAGGCUACUCAGUUGGAGCUGGUCAUUUUCGAAGUCCACAUACCACCGAAAUCGUGGGAGGAGCCCCUCAGCAUGAACAAAUAGGAAAAGCAUAUAUAUUCAGCAUCGACGAAAAUGAACUGCACAUCAUCCAUGAAAUGAAAGGUAAAAAGUUCGGCUCAUACUUUGGAGCUUCUGUCUGUGCGGUGGACCUCAACGCGGACGGCUUCUCAGAUCUCCUCGUCGGGGCUCCCAUGCAGAGCAGCAUCAGGGAGGAAGGGAGAGUAUUCGUGUACAUCAACUCUGGCUCGGGAGCGGUAAUGGACGAAAUGGAAGCUGUACUCAUCGGGAGUGACAAAUACGCUGCAAGGUUUGGGGAGUCUAUAGCAAAUCUUGGUGACAUUGACAAUGAUGGCUUUGAAGAUGUUGCCAUUGGGGCUCCACAAGAAGAUGACCUGCGAGGAGCCAUCUACAUUUACAAUGGCCGAGAAGAUGGGAUCUCACCCACCUACUCACAGAGAAUCGAAGGACUUCAAAUCAGCAAAUCACUACGGAUGUUUGGACAGUCUAUCUCGGGACAAAUUGAUGCAGAUAACAAUGGCUAUGUCGAUGUAGCGGUUGGUGCUUUUCAGUCUGAUUCUGCCGUGUUACUAAGGACAAGGCCUGUGGUGAUUGUUGAAGCCUCUCUAAGCCAUCCCGAGUCAGUAAAUAGAACAAAGUUUGACUGCACUGAAAAUGGACUUCCCUCUGUGUGCAUGGGUCUAACCCUGUGCUUCUCAUAUAAGGGCAAAGAGGUCCCAGGCUACAUUGUUUUGUUUUACAACAUGAGCUUGGAUGUGCACAGAAAGCCAGAGUCUCCAUCAAGAUUUUACUUCUUCUCUAAUGGCACUUCCGACGUGAUCACAGGAAGCAUACAGGUUUCAAGCAGUGCAGAGAAAUGUCGGACACACCAGGCAUUCAUGCGGAAAGAUGUGCGAGACAUCCUCAGCCCUGUUGAGGUGGAGGCCGCUUACCACCUGGGGCAUCAUGUGAUCACCAAACGAGACACGCAGGAACUACCACCACUGCAGCCAAUCCUUCAGCAGAAGAAAGAGAAGGACAAAAUCAGAAAAACGAUAAACUUUGCAAGGUUUUGUGCCAGUGAAAAUUGUUCUGCUGAUCUGCAAGUUUCUGCAAAAAUUGGAUUUUUAAAGCCAUAUGAAAACAAAACGUACCUUGCGGUUGGGAGCAUGAAGACCAUAAUGCUAAAUGUGUCCUUGUUCAAUGCUGGGGACGACGCUUACGAAACCUCUCUGCACAUCCAGCUCCCCACAGGCCUUUAUUUCAUUAAGAUCUUAGACCUGGAAGAUAAACAAAUAAACUGCGAAGUGACGGAGAGCUCAGGCGGAGUGAAACUUGCCUGCAGCCUUGGUUACAUAUAUGUGGACCGGCUGUCAAGGAUAGAUAUAAGCUUUCUCCUGGAUGUGAGCUCCCUCAGCAGGGCACAUGAGGACCUCAGCAUCUCCGUGCACGCCUCCUGUGAGAAUGAAGGCGAAACAGACAAAAUGGAGGACAACGACGUGACAUUGGUGAUACCCCUCCGGUACGAGGUCAUGCUGACUGUCCACGGGUUUGUGAACCCCACUUCCUUUGUGUAUGGAUCAAGUGAGGAGAACGAGCCAGAAACGUGCAUGGCAGAGAAGCUGAACCUCACUUUCCAUGUUAUAAACACUGGCAUUAGCAUGGCUCCAAAUGUUAGUGUGGAAAUCAUGGUACCCAAUUCUUUUCUCCCUCAAAAUGAUAAGUUGUUCAACGUUUUAGCUGUCCAGGUGACUUCUGGGCAAUGCCAUUUCAAUCGCUAUGACAGUGAGUGCACAUCGAAGCAGCAAAAGGGCAUAGCAGAGACCUUGACAGACAUACUCAAAUUCCUCUCAAAGACUGAUAAGAGACUCUUGUAUUGCAUGAAAGCGGAUCUACACUGUUUGGGUUUCUUGUGCAAUUUCGGAAGAAUGGAAAGCGGGAAAGAAGCCAGUGUUCACAUUCAGCUGGAAGGCAGGCCGUCUCUCUUGGAAAUGGAUGAGACUUCAUCACUCAAGUUUGAAAUAGAAGCAACAGCGUUUCCAGAGCCACACCCUAAAGUUAUUGAAUUGAAUAGGGAAGAGAAUGUUGCCUAUGUUUUCCUGGAAGGUCUCCAUCAUCAAAGACCCAAACGGCAGUUCACCAUCGUGAUCAUUUCCAGCAGCCUGCUGCUUGGGCUCAUUGUGCUCUUAUUGAUUUCCUGGGUCAUGUGGAAGGCUGGGUUCUUCAAAAGGCAGUAUAAAUCUAUUCUACAAGAAGAAAACAGGAGAGACAGCUGGAGUUACGUCAACAGCAAAAGCAAUGAUGAUGAUGACUAAAAACCUUUAAAUGGAGAGAAAUGAAAAGGAAAGAUCGGGUCAGGAAAGCUAUCCUGUUCAUAAGACCCAGGAGUACAUCUCCCUUUUUGUGUACUUAUGAUUUUGUGACCUACUCUGCCUUAAUGCAGGAGAAAUCUUCAAGAAAGAAAAUAGACAAAGGUUGCUUUUUUUUCAGCAGUCAAGCAGUGGAGAAAAACACUAAAGUUCUUGAUUUACUCCACAAAGGAGAACAUCCAAAACCAGCUUGAAGUGAAAGUAACUCCAUGUUUAGCCAGACCACCUUAAAAGGAGCAAUCUUUAACAGCAGAAUAUUGACCAGGUGCUCUUAACUCAGUGAACUAAACGCCACGGACUGGCUACUUGUUGGUUCCAACACACGUAGACUGUUUCAGAGAGCAUUGUCCAGAUUUUCUAAUGGAUAAAUCAUUCAGAAGUGGAAGAUGUGAAGACUGCCAUUGGUGACUUGACAUCACUGACCUACUGCCCUUUUAUUCUGCAGAUAUUAAUUUUAAAAUCCAUAAGAGCAGGUUGGCCUUCUGGAGAAAUGGCCAGCUGUGGGCUCAUCUUUGUAUGUAUAGGCUUUUCUAAAGAAUACAAAUGUCAAUCCGCUUUUUUUUUUCUUUAUUAAGAGCACCCAGGAAUAUUUUUAUUUUUUUCAAAUACUCAUUUGUAAAACCAAUUCUUAAGAGUUUAAUCCUCAUAGCAGAUUAUAAACGUUGCACUUUAGCUGAUACACACUGAUAUAAUAUGAACUGCAGCUCACUUAUAAUUUAAUAUCGUGCAGAGAGAGAUUUGGGAGCCAAUAGUUCAUAAAACAGUCCCUGUUUCAAAGUAAGCAGAUACGAGGAUCUUUAGGAUAAUGUUGCUUUUCUUGUUCCGGUUAAAUAUAUAUUAACCAGGAGUGUAAAGAAAGAUAUUCUGUUAUGGAAAUGGAAAAACCAUUUCAAAGGCAGAACUAUAAGUCACUGAUUCAAGCUUGUGUGCAGUGACAAAGUAAAUGUGGCAUAAAAUUCCCAUAAGGUAUGUAUGUUUGAUGCUGUUGCACAAGGUUCUAUUUUAAAAUGAAAUAUUUUCUACCUGGGUUUUACAUACUUUGUUUGUAAUUACAACCUUUUUGUAGUGUUUACAAUCAUUUUUUGUAGUAUUUAUUUCCUAUAUGUGGCUUGAUAAAUGUAAAUAUUCACCUGGAUCUGUUACAUGGAAGAAAGCUAUGGCCUGAUUUUGAACCUGUGUUGGAUGAAAGGGGCAGCCAUCACUGUUGUGAAGAGGAACUCUCCAGUGGCUGCUGGCCCUUCUUCAGAUCUCCUGAUCCUCCAGCCCCUGGUCUGUGGCUGGAGAGCAAGAUGUGUGCCAAGGCUUGUGGUCUCGCUUCUGCGUGAUGAAAUGAGCACAAAGCGUCAACUCCACGUACACAAAAACCAUGUUUAAUUGAAUGUUUGUAUCUUAAAGGAUACUUAUUUCUGUGUAAAAUCUAUGGGUUUAUGGUUUUUCUUAUGAAAUUCAAAUAGUUAAUUCACAAAAUGUCAAAAAUAAUACAUGAAAAAUCAAUCUCAGUUUAGAUCUACCUUUUAAAGGGAGGGUCUCCGGGAAAAUGUAAAUUUGGAUCAGUUCACUGGACACUGACUGCUGUGAUUGGCCAAGCACUGCCUUUCAGGUCAAAAGGAACCCAGCCUGUGCUGUUGGUGUUCUGGUCAGGAAGUUGUCUCCUGUGCCAAUGAGGUCAAGGCUCUUCCCCACUUUUUCUUGUAACAGGUUUAGGGUAUCUGGUUUUAUGUUGAGGUCUUUGAUCCACUUGGACUUUAGUUUUGUGCAGGGUGAUAAAUGUGGAUCUAUUUGCAUUUUUCUGUAUGUAGACAUGCAGUUGGACCAGGACCAUUUGUUGAAGAUGUUGUCUGUUUUCCAUUGUAUGGUUUUGGGAUCUUUGUCAAAAAUCAAGUAUCCAUAGGUGUGUGGGUUUAUUUCUGGAUUUUCUAUUUAAUUCCAUUGAUCCACCAUUCUGUUUCUAUGCCAGUACCAUGCAGUUUUUAUUACUAUUGCUCUGCAGUACAGCUUGAGAUCAGGGAUGGAGAUACCUCGAGACUAUCUGUUGUACAGGAUUCACAAUUCUGGGUCUUUUGUUCUUCUAUAUGAAAUUGAAAAUUGUUCUUCCAGUUCUGUAAAGAAUUGUGUUGGUAUUUUGAUGGGAAUUGCAUUGAAGCUGUAGAUUGCUUUUGGCAGGAUGGCCAUUAAUAAUCAAUAAAUAGGACCUCAUGAAACUGAAAAGCUUCUUUAAAGCAAAGGACACUGUCAUCAGAACAAAACAGCCUACAAACUUGGAAAGGAUCAAUAUCCAGACUAUAUAAAGAACUCAAGAAGUUAAACAGCAACAAAUCAAGUAAUCCAAUUUAAAAAGAGGGUAUAGAGCUAAACAGAGAAUUCUGUAUAGAGGAAUAUCAAAUGGCAGAGAAACACUUAAAGAAAUGCUCAACGUCCGUAGUCAUUAGGGAGAUGCAAAUCAAAACGACUCAGUUUUAACUUACACCCAUCAGAAUGGCUAAGAUCAAAAACUCAAGUGACAAUAUAUGCUGGAGAGGAUGUGGAGAAAAGGGAACCCUCCUCCACUGCUGGUGGAAAUCAAUCUGGUGCUUCCUCAACAUCCAGCUAUACCACUCCUAGGCAUAUAUCCAAAAUAUGUUCAAGUACACAACAAGGACAUUUGUUCAGCCAGAAUCUGGAAACGCUGUCCCUCAACAGAAGAAUGGAUACAGAAAUUGUGGUACAUUUACACAGUGGAAUACUACUAAGCAAUUAAAAACAAGGAAAUCAUGAAAUUUGUAGGCAAAUGGUAGAUCGAGAAAAGAUCAUCCUGAGUGAGGUAUCCCAGAAGUACAAGACACCUGGUAUAUACUCAUAAGUGGAUAUUAGACAUAUAAUAUAGGAUAAACAUACUAAAAUCUGUACAUCUAAAGAAGCUAAGCAAGAAGGAGGACCCUGGGUAAGAUGAUCAAUCCUCACUCAGAAAGGCAAAUGGGACAGACAUUGGAAGAGGGAGAAAACAGGGAACAGGUCAAGAGCCUAUCUUUCAGGUAGAAUCUGAUUCUAUCCUGCAGGGUAUCAAAGCAGAUGCUGAGGCUCAUAACCAAACUUUGGGCAGAGUACAGGGAAUCUUAUGAAAGAAGGGGAAGAUAGAAAGACCUGGAGGGGACCAGAGCUCACAAGGAAAGCAACAAUAACAAGAAAUUUGUGUGCCCAGGGGUCUUUUCUGAGACUGAUACUCCAACCAAGGACAAUGAUGAUAACCUAGAACUCCUGCACAGAUGUAGCCCAUGGCAACUCAGUAUCCAAGUAGGUUGCCUAGUAAUGGAACAGGGACUGUCUCUGACAUAAACUCAGUGGCUGGCUCUUUGAUCACCUCCACCUGAUGUAGGAAGACAAUGCAGCCAGUCCUGAUGAGUCCUAAAAGGGAGGUCCCUCUUCCCUUUCCAUCUGACCCUAGUCUAUCAGUGGACUUUAGAGGGGCAUGGGAGGAGA